GUCUCGUCCUUCUUCCCUGAACUGUCGCGUUUUUUUUAUUUUUAUUUUUAUUACCUGUAUAUACAACCCGCUAUGUGGAGGUUCAGAGAGCACACGCUGUAUUCCGUACAGGGCAUACUUUUGCUCCUCCUGGCGCUGGCCCAUUUCCUGGCGUUCCUUGCAUACGCAGUCAUCGGAAACAAGCACGGGCGGCUGGUCAAAGGCAACCAGUUUCUGUACAUGUGGCUCUCGCUGCUGGGGCUGUGGCUGGACCUGCAGGCUGUGUUUGUUAUUUCGGCAUACCGCUCGACCAACCGGUAUCUGUUCUGGACACUGCAGUGGAUGGCAUACGGCAGCGCGAUGUGCAUAUUCUCGGUGCUGCUGUUAGUCGGGUAUGCGUAUUCACGUGACGGCUCAGCAGCGGUCUGGGGCCUGACAUGGCUGUUCCCGGCGGUCUGCUCAGUUGUUUAUGCGCAAAAAGCACGGCGCGGGUACCAGGUGGACCGCAUCAUGGGGAUUCCCGAGUUUAAGCCGCGGCUGGUAGACUCGCGCGGGUCGGCGCUCUUUUACAGGCUCAUGGACUAUGCCUUCCCGUGGAUUACAUGGGUGUUUGGCCUGUUCUUUGGCCUUCUACUGGUUAUUCAGGGUCUGGCGCUGGCCAAUGACCACCGGCUGUAUAAGACACCGGGAAAGCUGGUGCCGGUGCAGACGCAUAAUGGCGACUACUGGUACAAGAUGCAUGUGUGGUGCUUCGGGUACACAGAAGAGAAGCAGUCUGGCCGAGACCCGGUGUUUGUGCUGUUGACAGAGUUCGGCAUGCCCUCGACGUCGAUGAUGGGGCUGGCGCAGGGGUUUGCGGAUGCCGGGCACGCCGCGUGUAUCAUCGAUCGGCCCGGGUACGGGUGGAGCGAGCCGGGGUAUUGGGACCAGGACCCGAUAGAUGUGGUGAAGUCGAUUAACCAGGCGCUAGACAAGUAUCCGGUCAACAACCCGCUGGUGUUUGUCGGGUGGGGUGAGGGCGGCGUCUGGACGCAGCUGUACAUGCAGGUGGCCGACUACACAAAGGUAGCCGGCGUUGUGCUGCUUGAUACGCUGCCGAACCAGGAGAUUCUGCAGACGUUUGCGCUGAACAAAACCACGACGCUGCAGAAUCUGCGCAACAUGCGGUCGUCGUCGGGUGGAACUACAAAGGCGAUGACCACAGUGAACUUCAACAAGGCUAUAGAGGCUGCGGCGUCGAGGAACUUUGAGAACUGGCGGGUGGUCAGUCCGCUGGCACUGCAUCGGGCAAGGAACAGCGGGUGGGACGGAUUCCAGCCGCAGAGCUCGCUGGGCAUGCACAGGUCGCGGUUCCGCAACAACCUGUAUUACCAGGCCAAGUAUUUUGAGUACGGCGGCACUGGCGCGAAGCUCUACCAGGCAUUGCAGCCGUAUGUGAAACCAUAUACGGAUGCCGUGCUGAUUUACCACCACUGGCCGUUGCGGUGGCCGGCGCUGCAGCCGAAUUCGGGCGCCUCUGUCACUGGGCUUGCGAAGCGCGACGGCCAAGCGCCGACUGAUCCGGCCAGUUUCUCGCACCUGCCUGUGGUCAUUUUGGCGUCGGCAAAGCAGUUCAACUCUGACUGCAAGGCACAGGGCAUCAGCGACAGCGAGGAGUGCACCAAGUGGCAGGCGUUCUCGUGGUUCUACUACCGGCAGCAGAUCGAGUACCAGCAGACGCUGAGCCAGAACGCGGCACUGCUGCUGUGCACAAAGCCGGUCAGCGAGGAUAAGAGGGAUUGUGAUGUGGAUUUUGUGUGGCGGAGACCGAACUGGUUGGCGGCAGCCAUUGUCAAGCAGAUCUUCAAUCAGGUCGAGACGAACACGGCAGCAGCUACUGCCACAGCUUCUACCACAGCUUCUGAACCGACUGCGGCGACCGACGAUCGGACAGCGAGCACCAGCUCCAGUGCAUCGACAUCUUCCUCUACCGCAACCUCGGUCUCAGCUAUUGCGUAGUGUUUUAUUUAAUGCCUUCAAUGUCGCUAUAUCGACGAUUUUUUUACAUUGUGCUGGACCGCCAUCUGCUACUCAGAACCUUUAUGCCUGCAUCGGCAUUAGAGAAUGCAGGCAGCAUCGGCUUUUGGUCACGUUACUCAGUAUUUUUCAUGGGGUUUAUGCUUCACGUCUGGCCUAUUUGCGAUAGGGGAGUUACA